GCAAGCGAAUCCAGUUUUUAUGUGCCUCAAGUUUGUGCAUUUCCCACUAAGGUGAGAAACGCUAGCUGUUGCUGUUUGUGAUCAUGGCUACCUUGGCUGAACAUGCUCACUGCUCACUGUAGAUAUCGCUAACAAAUGGACAUUUGAUGAGCUCUCUGUCGGGGGCAGUGCAAACACCGGAUGUUUAUCAACUGAUAGCAGACGGCAAGAAAGUAUGAAGCCGUUGUACGUGUUUGUGUCUGUCGUCUGCACUACAUUCAUUGCCAUACUUCUCAUCACAUAUUUUCAAAAAGAAAGGUUUUCUGACCAUGCAACGAGAUUGUCUGAAAUACUCACAAGUUUUGUCUUGUACCGGAAGCCGCUGCCACAGGCUGGUAAUGUCUCCACGUGGCCUUCACACGAUGCUGCGGUUCCUGGCAGCACAUCGGAGAAACCAUCUGUCAACGAUGUUCAUUUUCCUUCGCCUGGGAUGACAGUUCUUGCCAGUGGAACCAACUGCACGAAGGUGUGGCAAGGUGAUGAGACAGAAAUAUUGCGAGCCAAGUCACACAAGUCUCGUCCUGCGAGACGGCCUCCGGGAUUCUACGAUAAAAUCACAAGCAAGUGCUCAACCUAUCGGACAGAAGCUGGGUACGUGGAGCAGGUGAGUGAGGAGGAGAAGUCGUUUCCCCUGGCCUUCAGCAUCCUGCUGUACAAGGACGUGGAGCAGGUGGAGCGACUGCUGCGUGCUGUGUACCGACCUCACAACCUCUACUGUCUGCACACGGACCUCAAAGCCAGCGCUCACGUGCAACGCCAGAUCACAGCCCUGGUCACCUGUCUGCCCAAUGUGUUCCAAGCGCCUCGUAGAGUCGACGUUCGCUGGGGCACCUUCACCGUCCUCGAACCGGAGCUCAUUUGCAUGGAGGCACUUCUCCGCAAGUCCAAGAGCUGGCGGUACUUCAUCAACCUGACAGGACAAGAGUUUCCUCUCAAGACCAACAAAGAGCUGGUGGCCAUCUUGAAGGCGUAUCGCGGCGCCAACGACAUUACUGGUAGAUAUUAUAAAGAGUUCGCCCACCGGUGGCAGAAGGCAGGUGUUGCGCCGCACAACAUGUCGGUUGCUUCGGGUCCAGUGCACGUUGCGGCGUCACGUGACUUCGUAGACUACGCGUUGCACUCGCAGUAUGCGCGCGACUUCUUGCAGUGGAUCAAGAAGACCAAAAUACCGGAUGAGUCUUUCUUCACCACCUUGAACAACCAUCCUCGACUUGGGGUUCCAGGCGCCUACACAGGAAGUGACGACUGGCCAAAGCGACGAGCAGUCAGUCGCUACAAGCUGUGGGUCUGGGGUCGACCCCCGUGUGACGGGACUUGGAUCAGGAACGUGUGCAACUUCGGCGUGGGCGACGUGCACCGCAUGGUCACCAGCAUCUUCAUGUUCGCCAACAAGUUCCACUACGACCUCUAUCCGCCGGCAUACGACUGCCUGGAGCAGUGGUACUUCGCACGAGUGCACCGGGAGGAGCAAAGUGGGAAAACUGACCUGGAUGUGACGGUGUAUAGUAAUUUAGACAUUGUGAAACACGCUUUUAAACCGACUGACCCCGACCCAGGUCACCACAACACGUGACUGCGAGACAGACCUGUCCAGGUCUGCACUACUGAAGCGGAUGGCAACACUGACUUCUUCUGUAAUAUACAGAAAGUGUCCAUAGAUAUUGAAAAGAAAAGUGAGAGAACUGAAUAGGUUUUUUUUUUUUUGUCUUCGAUUUUAUCGUCAUCAUCUUGUGGAUCUUCCUUUCGUUCCUCUGUGUUCUGGAUCGUCUGUGAUGUGAUUUUCUCUUUUUACUUUUUGAAUGAGAUGAGAUUGACAUUUCCGUUAACUAACGGUCUCCACAUCUGCCACCUCCUUCGUGGUAUGUGAUUUGCACCAUUUAUUUCUACAAUUCUCUUGCAUCCAAAUAUUGCUUCAGCUGAAAAAGGAGAUCGUGGCCCGAAUUUUCAUCAGGAAAACUUUGUCGUCCUUGACAGGAGAUGAGACACAGGAAGAAGACUGUUAACAUCAGUUGUUUGACAUUGUUAUCAAGUUAGUUUCUAACGCACCUUUACAGAAGUAGAGGAAGUCCAUUGAAAUGUCUCGAAACUCUUUUUAAAUUAACUUGUCUUUUGAUGUAAAGAUUGAUAAUGUGGAAAUAAAAAUGGAUUGAAACCAG